CAAGCUCUCUGGAAAAUCUGAUUCUGCCUGGUUCUACAACUCUGACUAUUGAAGCAGGUUCCUGAGAGUGACGAAGCAGUACCUCCCUCACGUGGCCCGGCUGUGCCUGAUCAGCACCUUCCUGGAGGAUGGCAUCCGCAUGUGGUUCCAGUGGAGUGAACAGAGGGAUUACAUUGAUGGCACAUGGAACUGUGGCUAUUUCCUGGCCUCCAUCUUUGUGUUCAUAAAUCUCUUCGGACAGCUGAGCGGCUGUAUCCUGGUGCUGAGUAGGAACUUUGUGCAAUACGCCUGCUUUGGACUGUUUGGAAUUAUAGCAUUACAGACUAUUGCAUACAGCAUUCUAUGGGACCUAAAGUUCUUGAUGAGGAACCUUGCCCUUGGGGGAGGCUUGCUGCUGCUUUUGGCUGAGUCGCGCUCAGAGGGGAAGAGCAUGUUUGCUGGUGUCCCUACCAUGCGGGAAAGCUCUCCUAAGCAGUACAUGCAGCUGGGGGGGCGUGUGCUGCUGGUCCUCAUGUUCAUGACACUGCUGCAUUUUGAUAUGAACUUCUUUUCUGUUCUGCAGAACAUUGUGGGCACAGCCCUGAUUAUCUUGGUAGCAAUUGGCUUCAAGACUAAGCUGGCUGCCUUGACUCUAGUCAUCUGGCUGUUUGGCAUCAACAUCUACUUCAAUGCCUUCUGGACCGUCCCAGCCUACAAGCCCAUGCACGACUUCCUCAAAUACGAUUUCUUCCAGACCAUGUCUGUAAUUGGAGGGCUCCUCCUCGUGGUUGCACUGGGCCCUGGUGGAGUCUCCAUGGAUGAGAAGAAAAAAGAGUGGUAACAGGAAUAGCAACGCUUUUUGGGACAUAACAUAUUAAGUCCAGAACUGAUUCUCUAUGGAUUCAACAAAAACUGCCAGCAUUUUACACAUACAUGCCCCCUUCCUAUUAAAGGCACAGAUGUUUUGAAUUUGAUUUACAGUGGCACCAGUAAUAUUAUAGAUAAAAUCCUGUUUCUUCAAGGAAUGUUGCCUAGGCUUAUUCUAACUUCCUAGAUUUGGAACUAACCCAAGGAACCUGCAUUUUGCUGAUGCUUCAGUGAGUUGCAGUAGAACAGUUGCUGUCUUUAACGUCAGCAAUACUUUAAAAUUUGAAGUACUGUGAGCAGAUACAGCUGUAUCAUUCAGUGUGCUGUUGGGGUCUAGCUAUAACUAAAAAAGUGGAUCCCCUUUCUCACCCUCAUCCAAACUGUCUCGUGCAUAAGGAGUUCCAUUGCUGGUUAUAGCAUUGCUUAUCGAGGUGGAAAGCAGCAUCAAAAAAAAAAAAAUCACUUAUUUUGCUGCUCAGAGGCCUGUAAUUCCCUUUUGUUUAACAAGAGGGGAGGUCUUUUCUGCCCCCUAAUAGAAGGCAAAAAGAAAACCCUGAAAGUAGUUGUACCCCCCUCUAGGUUAAGAAAAGGGAGAGGGUUUUCUAACAUGUCCCAGUUCUGUUCUUGAGGGGAACAAGGGAGAAUCCUGUGUUGCUAAUCAGGAAUCCUGUAUGGCUAAUUAGAUUUCAAGAAGGAAGGGGGGGAGAUUCUGAAGAGACAGAAUGUUAGAUUCUGUUAAAAUUCUGUGCCAAAAGAACUCUAUUCAGCAUUUAUUCAGCAUUCUUUCCCCAAAGUUGCCCCUCCUGAAUUCCCCAGAAGGGAGUCAAGUUGUGCUGCAGGUUCCGCAAUAAAAGCUCCUUUCUGCUAUUAACCAGCUUCCAUCCAUAUAUGCCCCAAAUCCAUAUCUGAAUUGCAGGUUAUUGGUGAAAAUGUCUUCAGAAUUACAGAAACCCUUUUCCCUGCACUCAGUACAUGCAAGAUGAGAGCAGUCAAUCUUCUAAUCUGCAGUCUUUGCUGCUUAGAGUCACUUCUGUCAGUCUCUCAGCUGUAAAAGUCCCAGUUGACUGAACAGUGGAGGAGCUGGGGUGCUGAACUCUCGAGUACAGCCCCUUCUGUCUGCCAUCUCACACCACACCCGGGAUGUGUAGGGAGGAGACAUGGAAGUCGGCUGUGUGCCGCCAGAGCCCCAGGUCUCAACUCUGUAUGCGAACAGUUAUAGCUGAAGAAGGCAAGUGCAAAGCCUGUGCGGUGAAUAAGCAGCCAGGGUUGUAACUUGCAUGUUCAGAGAGGAACUCCUCAGCGUAAUGGUGAGGAGAGGGGAAGGCCCUGUUUUCACCUCUCAGUGCCACAACCUCUGUGCCAUGAACAUGCUUAGUGCUGCCCAGAGGAGGCAUUUUGUCCUCCGCUAGUCAACUAGGUGAACCUGUUUCACUAGAUUAUGAAAGAACUCUAGAAAGCAUGAGCCCUACCAACUUGCUGAUGUCACGUUGAUUCCUUGCACUGUUGUCUCCCUUGAGAAAGCUGCUCAACUGUGUGUUCAAGGAGUAAUUCAGCUGAACACCUCCAGCAGGCGCUAUUUACCAGGAGACCCUGGUAAGGACGCUAACCUGGACAGUUCAGCUGAACGGUUGCGUUUUAGGAGAGAAAACUGGGCUGAAAGAGCUGAUGACAAAUAGAAGAGCACUGUUGAAUGUUAAACCAGCGAUUUCAUCAUCUUAAGGGGAAAAAAGCCUAUGUAAUAGCAAGAUGUGCUGCUGCUGAAGGAAACAAAUUGGUAUGUGGGGGUAGAUGGGAGGGGAAGCCAGCAUUUAAGUUCAGGUCACAUAGAAGGCUUUCUUUUUGAACAGGUUUUGCAAGAGAAGUUUUCACCUGAAGUGUUGGCUGUGCCUGUCUCUUUGUAGCAAAACAAACUGGUCCUUUCAGUUACGGAUACGCAGCACAGGAUGCUUUUGCUCAGUUUCACUGCAGGUCCUAGAAGGGUUUUAGACUACAGCAAGGCAGCUGUUCUCGGAUAUCUUAACUGCUGUUGUUGUUCAUAGUAUUUAUAAAUGGAAUGAUAGAAACAACUCCUGUAAGUAGCCCUUUAAGUUGGCUUUCUCAACUUCUUUGUGUCCUGUCUAAGGAGCUGGAUAAUGGACUAGCUGAAAUACUGACCGGUUUCCUCUGAAAAUCAAGUCCCCUUUCUAACAAAAGACCCCAGAAAGGGAACCGAUACUGUCCCUUGCAGCAGAAAUAGUUCGGUACUAAAGGGGCACAGUUAGGUGGAGGGCAUUAUACGAUAUUUCUAGGCAGCACAAUAUGCAGACUUACUAACUGUGAGUCCUGAUGCAGAAGAUUCUGGUUUCCUACAUACACUGCUGUAUUCAUGCAUCUCCCAAAAAUACAGUGACCUCUCCCCAUGGCUGAGAAGCUCUCACAAGCAGGAUGUCAGCUGUCAAUUGGCUCUGCAAAGUGUUCUGGAAUUCAUUCUGAAUAUAUUUUUGCUUUCUAUGUGGAAAAAGAAAUAAGUAUAAAUUCUCAUUUUAUGCUGUAUUUUGUACCUUAGUUGUGUUUGAAAAUGUUUUGAUUUUUGGAAACAAUCAAAAUAAAACAAUGGCAUCUUUGUAUC